AUGGCGAGCGACAUCCAACAACUCCUUGGCUGUAAGCCAUAUACAUCAAAGGUCACCGCGCACAUCGCUGCCCUUGCUGAGAAGGUCUCCAAACCGGACGCUACCACUCCCGAAGUCAAAGCUUACCCCGACGCCGUCUACUUCAACUACUACGCGCUCGGGAUCAGUCUACUGUUCAAGCCCGUCGGCGGCUAUGUCCCGAGGACUGGGCUGAAGCUGGAAGAGCUUCAGGAUAGGAUGUUGGUCUUGGACGGAGUCGAUGUUUACAAUAACCCGCCGCCCAAAGCGGGGGCGAACGCGUCUCGCGCGACCAAGUCACCAUACACUUCCUAUCCCAUCUCUCCUAUCACACUCAAUCUCGUCGCGAUCGAGGCAAAGGAGCGUCCUAGUUACUUCAAUGUCACAUCGGAGACGACUGGCAAGGAAUUCGUGUCGGCUUUGGGCGAGCCGGAUCGGAAGGGCGGUGGAGCGGGCCCUUCAUCAGGGUCAAUCAACAUAUGGUGCGAAUGGACGAAGGAUGGUAUCAUGGUCGAGUUCGGUGGGGAAGAGAGCAGAGGCCCCCAAGCUUGGGAGCGGGGGAAGGACGCAGUAUGGAAGGUGAUCAGCAUCUUUUCUCCAAAGGAGGACUGA